UCUCUCUAUUCGCGAUUUUCUCCUAAUUUCCAAUCGAUGCUUCCAAAGAGAACAAGUUGAAAUCGUUCGCGCUUCCCACAGCUUUGAAUAUUUACAGAAUGAAAAUGGCAAACGCAACAAGUUUAGUUGGUUCCACCUAUCUAGACUAAGGUAGCAAGCAGACUAAGGGAUUUCAUGGCAGGCGGUGGCCUGCAGUCUUUGGGUCGUGUGAAGCUCACUGAUUUGGUUCCUUCGGAAGGGUUACCAUCCGAUUCCUAUAAAAUAUCGGUUUCAAUUUUGUCGCAAUCUCUGGCUCAGUUUUCAGCCGUCAUUAUCCAGUUUCCGGCAAGUGAUGGGGCUCUUCUAAGAUCUGGUUUAGAAUCUGCCCGUCUCUAUUUCCAUCAAAGAGAAACGUUUCCACCUGCGGAUAUAAUCCAUACUAGUGAGUCUCGCGAGUGGUGCAAAACAUCUGGUUAUUAUGCAGAUCCUCAUUUGUGGCAUGAAACCUAUGAUUAUAGACCAGGCUUGACUCCUUCAGAGCCAAACAACUCAAUUGAGUUCCCUCCGGCAGGUUUGCCAGAUAUAUUUGCUUCAUUUGGAAAAGCAGCAAGGGAUAUUCUGGAUGCAAUUAGCUUCCAUUUGAAUUUGCGCAGCUCUCCAUUCGCAGAAAUACUGGAUAAUAUUCCCCUGAGAAAUCGGGAAAUUUCAUCUUCAGUCUUGUCUGUUUGCUGUCAUGCUAGGCCAUCAUUUCAGGGGCCGCAACAUCAUAAUAUAGCUACUCCGGAGGAUGGCCAUUUGAUUAUGUAUCCUGACCAUGAUCACCAAGUUGAUAAAAGCUUGAUAUCUCUUGUUAAGUCUGACAGGGCAGGUUUACAUGUAAGAGACUUUCAAGGUCGGUGGAUUCUUGUGGAUGGAGAUCUGGGCCCACAAGAAGCUAUUGUUUAUCCUGGGCUUGCUCUGUAUCAAGCAACUGCAGGAUAUGUAAGCCCUGCAUUGCACAAAACUGAGAUUAAUAUGGAGGCUAAUAUGUAUGGACGGUGUUCUUUAGCCUUCAAACUUUUGCCUAAAUCAAUGACCAGUCUUGAUUGUUCAGAAAUGAGAGCGGCAGGUUAUGGAAUCGAAGCUCAAUUCCAGCUUCCUGUUCCAGUAGAUGAUUUUAUGCAAAGAUCCCAUCCAACUGAUCAUCUCUUUAACAGGCCCGGUUUCCAGUGCUUCAAUUUCCAACCAACACAUGAUGGAUCUAUGAAGACCUUGACGCGGAGGAGGAAGCAAAAUCCUAAAAGCAAACCUCUGCCUCCUUCCAAGAGGUUAAGGCUUGAGGCGCAGAGAGUUUUGAAAGAAAGGGUCCAGGAUAUUGCAGAUAAGAAAGGCAUCAAGCUGCGGUUUUGUAAUCUCAAGGAAUGUGAAAGUCACAUUCACACCCUAGAUAGCCCAUGUGCAAAUAUACGAAUGGAGAUUGGAUGGCCACCUGGAGUUCCAUUUGUCCACCCCCAUGAUUUACCUAAUAAGGCAAAGCUCGGUUUUCUUGAGGCUUAUGAACCUGGUUGGACAGAAGCCCAUCAAAACUCAGACAGGCUAGUCAACCCUCGGCUAACUUUAACUGAAUCAGUCCCCCUGAUUUCCAACACAUGGCCAAUAUAUGAUCAGGUUGUGAAGGUCUUGUAAGGAUACGCCUACAGUUCUCAGUGGGUAUUUGUGGCUAGGUUUUUGGAAUUUUAUGCCUGCUCUGUAUAUUUUGCCAUCAUGCAGCUUUUGAAGCAGAUGAAAGAAAGACAUGCUGCAUUGAAUUCCCUAGAUAUGUUAUUAUAGAUCUUUUAAGAAUCUUUAAGGAUUAUGAGACGCCAAUCCAAUCAAAAUGAAGGGUAGGCUUAGCUGGACUUGCAUACUCAAACUGAUGGAGGUCUUGCUGUCCAGUCUCUACUAUAUAUAAAAUGAAGAGAAGACAACAGGUUACAAAUUAAUAGAAUAACUAUGAGAUAAUGAGCCUCUCUUAUUCGGUCGUGAAUAUGCAUGAAUCAUCCAUUUCUACCUGGAGGAAUGCAGUGACUUUUAACAGGUCUGAAACAAGUUUAGUUCUAACAUUUUGUACUCGAGUUAUGUCAAGCUGAAAGAAAGUAAUUCAACCAGUGUGAACUCGAUAACUCUGUGGUGAGUUAGCAUUGCAGCUUUCCUUGUUAGUUUAGUUUCUUUUCAUUAUAAAGCUGUAAUUUGUCACAAUGCUAUGUAAAGCUGUAGCUUGAUAUGUUUACUUAUGCUGUUGAAUUAUAAUUG